AUGUCACGCCGUGGAAAGCGAUUACUUGAAUUAGCCCUCAAAAAAUACGAAGAUGAUAAAUUGUUAAAUUUGUCAAGCACCUCAUCAGGGAAUUACAAUGAUUAUUCUAUGUCAGGUACCGAGGUGUCUGAUAGUGUGAUAGGCCAAGCAGAAGACUUUGGAAGCAAUCAAUAUACUCCAGAUUUAACUGAAGCAUCUAACGAAUCGAUUCGCAUGAAAUCGGAUAAUAUUGCACAGGGAUGUGGAACCUUGCCUGGAACAGAAUCAGUCUUAGAUGAAAGCCAAGAUAAUAUUCCACAAGGAUGUGGAACCUCGGGUGGAACAGAAGCAGUUUUAGAUGAAAGCAAAGUAUUUGUUUAUAAUUCUGACACAUCUUCUUGGAUUGAUAUUGAAGCGCUUCAGCAAGCAACUUUGUGUCAAUCCCCAUCUUUAGAAAACAUAAUGGGAUUAGACAAUAUUCUAGAUACGCCGAUUGUGGAGAGCUGCGAGUUUCACAACCAAGUACAAACAUCAGAAAAUUUUGAAGUAGAGCAUAUGAGUUAUCUUCAGGACGAAAUUGAAUAUGAAAAAACAGAUCCAGAUUAUGGUCCAACCAUAAGCAACCAGAAAGAGUCUGAUGUAAAUUCAGAUAAUGAUCCUGAGGUUCUUGCAGUGACCGCUAAUAAUACUCCAGUUAGAACCACCAGAGAUACAACUUUGCAAUCGUUGGAAAAUAUAAUAGUGCUGGAUAAUAUCCAAGAUAUGCCGGUUGAGGAGAGUUUCGAGUUUCGCCAUCAAUUACCAAGACCAGAACAUUUCGAGAAAGAGCUUAUGAGUGAUUUUGAAGAUGAAAAUCUUGAAAAUAGAACAGAUCCAGAUUAUCAGAACGAAUCUGAUGCAAGUUCAGAUAAUGAUCCUGAGGCUGGUGUAGUGUCCGAUAAUAAUACUCUAAAUAAAACCACCAGAACUUCCAGAGGAAGAAAACGAAAAUUUUAA